AUGAAUUACACAGUACCAACAGAAAUUAAGAAAAACUUAAUGACAGCCGCAAACCAAACAGUAGACUGUCUUAAAGACGUGAUAUCCACAGUAGAGAGCAAAACAGCAAAGAUGAGCGUGUCUGAAGUUGUCGGUGCCAGCCUUGCUGUGCUGCUAGUUGUCUCAGUAAUAUUAGCAAUAGUAUACAAGAUAAGACAGAGAAAACAACAGCGAAUAGUUAAGAUUUCAACAGAAAACCAACUGGUAGCUUUAGGAGAUGAACUUAGAGAAGUUAUGGACAAAAAUAAUGCAUUAGAAAAAGAAGAUCAAAGAAAACAAGAAGAAAUUGCUAGAUUAAAAAAAGAACAUUCAGAUGAAAUGGAUAGCUUAAACAAACAAGUUCAAGAUCUUUUAAAAGAAAAUGCUAGUUUAAGCAAACAAAUUGAAGAUUUUCCACAAGAAAUUGAAAGAUUAAAAGCUAUAGUUAUAAAGGAAACCAAACAAUUAUAUGCAGAUGAUAUUCAUAAACUUAAGAAAGAAAAACAAGAUUUAAUAUCACACUUACAAUAUAUAAAAGAAUAUCUUGAAGCUGAGAAAAAUGUAAGCAAAGACUGGCAAAAUAAAUUAAAUUCAACAAUAAAAAGCAGAGAAGAAGAAAAACAGAAAAUAGCUCAAGAGACAAAAGAUACAAUUGAACAGCUCAUUGCUAAACAUAAUCAGGAAAUUGCAGAUUUGAAAGAUCAGCUAGCAAAAGAAAAAGAUGCGAAUAAAAAAGAAAACUAA